AUGUCGCACAAUUCUUCCACCGCAGAGAAGAUCACCCAAAUUUACACCCCUAGUCCAUCCGCCACCGAACCCGCCAACACCCAAGCCGUCAUCUCAGCCCUCAACCUUCAAGUACACGUCGAAGGCGGCUACUAUGCAGAGAUCGAUCGCAACCCUCUCACCAUUCCGAACCCUUUCUUGGUAAAGAAUGGCGGCGAUGAAGAAGAGGAUGUGAAGAACACGGCGGAGAAGCCCAUGUCAGGUGACAAUGCAAUUAGGAAUGCGAGCACGAGUAUAUACUACAUGUUGAGUGCAGUGAAUCCGCAGGGUCAUUUCCAUAGGAAUAAGGGAAGGACGGUACAUACCCUCAUCUCAGGUCGGGGUCGUUACGUCCUGAUCCACGCCGACGAACCUGGCAGUAAGAAACGUAUCGAGACCUUUGUUGUUGGAAACGAUGUCACAAAGGGAGAGAAGAGCGUAUGGAUUGUUGAGGGUGGGAAGUAUAAGGCGAGUUUUCUGCUCGACGGAGCGGAGGGGGAGAGACUGUUGAUCAGUGAGACGGUGAUACCAGGCUUUGAGUUCUCAGAUCAUGAUUUUCUGACGGUGGACAAGUUCAGGCAGAUUGUUACGGAUGAACAGGCGAAGGAAUUAGAGUGGUUGGUGAGAAAAUCGUGA